GCUUUAAAACCCCCAUCCUCUCUGUCUCCCUCGCUUCGCUCGCUUCUCAUCUCCCAAGUAGAACAAGAGUGCAGAAGAAGGGAAGCUUUAACAUGGUUUUGGGUAAUUGUAAAUAACAGAGCAAAAGCUAGCCCUAAAUUAUCCCACCAUGUCACGCCCAGCCCACCUCCCUCCUCGCUGCCCAUUUCAGAACAGGGGUUUGCUGCCCCGUGCACUGGAUUCCACACCACAAACCACACUAUAUAAGUUUCCAUCCCAAGGGUCCAUCAUAGAUGAGAAACCCUCAUGGCUCGAUGACCUCUUGACUGACUCGGAAAGUAGUCCUAGAGGGAUCUCUCAUCGGAGAUCUUCAAGUGAUUCUGCAGCAAUUCUGGAUGUCUCGGCAACUUUGGGUGGUCCGAUAUCCCCUAUCAAUGAAGGAAAUGCUUCACCAGUUGGUGCUCUUCAUAAAUCAUCAGAAACCACAGAUGGGGGUGCAAGUAAUUCUGGGUUUGAGGCAGGUAGUGCGUUUGAAGCAAGCUGUGUUUACGGCCCUAACUCUCCCCGCCAAAAGAGUAAAUUGACCAGUUCAGAAAGCUCGAUAGUGACUGCUUUGUUGGAAAAUGUUCCUUGGAACCCAUUGCAAUAUGUAACUAUGGAUUUUCAUAAUGGCUCCAAUAGUAGUGAGUCCAAUGUGAGUGGAGAAGUUCUUGUUGCAACAGGUGAUCAUGAUCCAGAGAAGGCAGCAAGAAGGCGCUCAGGACAACGAUCUAGGGUCCGUAAGCUUCAAUACAUUGCCGAACUUGAGAGAACCGUUGAUGCACUUCAGACUCUGAGAGCAGACUUGGCAGCAAGAGUUGCUUCUCUGUAUCCGCAGCAUUUUGCUUUAUCCAUAGAAAACAAGAAACUGAGGCGGCAGAUGGCCAUUCUUCAGCAAGAGAAGAUGAUGAAAGAUGGCCAGUGUCAGUCUCUGAAGAGUGAAGCAGAGGGGUUAAAAAUGAUUUAUGGGUGUCCGCGGAGAAGCAAAAGCGCCGCUUCUUGUUUCGAGAUGGGCUUUUCAAAUGCAGAUAUCUCCUCAGGUGAUAAUGGUUGGCAGUCGUUGAAUUUCGGGAAGCUGAGUCUGGGUGGGAGUCCAGUUGCUAUGAAACAUGGUCUUGGACGCUGACGAUGGACCCCGGUCGUCGUCCGGGGAGUGCAGCUCUCCAAACCAUCUUCCUGCUAGGAUUGUUCGAACCCACGGGCUGGUAAGGUUAUGCUACCCCUCUGAGCAAAUGGGACCCCCGUGGUAAAUGUGGUAGGAAGCAUCUCCCUCCAACUGCAGAAUUCUGAAUGCAUGUACAUGCUUGCGCAGCUUUAAUGUGGUCUUCAAUCGCUGGUAGAUUUAUGAAAUUAUGAGCGGAACUCUUCAAAGCUAUGAGAUAUCUAAACUCUUAUAAUAUUAUCUUUAGCAUCUAAAAUGGUGACGAUUUAAUCGUCCGAAUAUU